CGAAAAGGUGUUGCCAAGGCAAUAUGAAACGAAGUCGUAUAGAUGCUUCUCUAGACUCUAGUAAUGAUCACUCCAUCAGUUCAACGCUAGAGCCAAGUGGAAAACGUAGAGAGUGAGAGAGAGAGAGAGAGAGGAGGGGGGAUGGCAAGGGACUCUGAUUAUGGAGCUUUCAUGGAAAAAUUUAUUCUACAGCCAAGCUCUUCAUCUCAGGAGCUUCCAUUGAAUGGCCUGACCUUUGCCAUAAAAGACAUAUUUGAUGUGGAUGGAUACGUGACUGGGUUUGGAAAUCCGGAUUGGGCACGGACUCAUGUGGCUGCUACAACAACAGCUCCGGCCGUGUUGGCCAUCUUAAGGGGAGGUGCCACAUGUGUGGGAAAAACUGUAAUGGAUGAAAUGGCAUACAGUAUAGAUGGAGAACACAAACAUUACGGGACACCAACCAAUCCAUGCGCACCAGAUCGUAUCCCUGGAGGAUCUUCUAGUGGAUCUGCAGUUGCAGUUGGUGCAAUGCUUGUAGAUUUCUCCCUGGGUACUGACACCGGAGGAAGUGUAAGAGUUCCUGCGGCAUUUUGUGGGAUUUUGGGGUUUCGCCCUUCUCAUGGUGCUGUUUCAACUACUGGAGUUAUUCCUAUGGCACAGAGUUUUGAUACCGUAGGUCACAUGGUCAAAUAUGCAAAUCUUGGGAAUUAUGUUAAGGACAAAGUUCCAAGUUUGAAGCAUUUUGAAGGAAUUGAAACUCAAGAAUAUAAUAUAACAUCCCUGGUAGCUCUUUCAAAUGCGAUGAGGUUGCUUCAAAGGAUUGAAUUCAAAAAGAAUCAUGGUGAAUGGGUCAGUACGGUAAAACCUGAUUUUGGACCAGGAAUAGCAGAACGGAUAUGGGAAGCUGUUAGGACAACAGAUGCACAUAUUGAUGUCUGCUACUCUGUGAAGACUGAAUUUCGUGCUGCUCUCGCUGAGCUCCUAGGGUGCAAGAAAACCCAUUUUAUCCCAAACUGGACUUCAACGUUCCACCUUUGGUUUGGCAGCGGAGGAGUUACAUGCAAGCUACCUGCCAAUGGUGUCUAGACACCAGAUCACUCUUACGAUAGAAGACACCUCCUUCGUGAGAUUAUUAAAGAUUAGAUUUAUGCAUAGAAGUAGAGAUUGUCGUAUCGUAGGUUAUAACUUCUGCAGAAAAAAUACUUGUCCUCUGUGUACAGUUUAUAAUACUCUCUGUGAUUUAAAAUUGAAUAAGAUGAUUUGAUUUGUUUUGUUUGUGAUCCAUUGAUUUUCUUCCCUAAAUUUUUCAAGUAUAUGUGAAUGGCUGGACAAACAUAUCGUCUCAGCCUUGAAAAUUCCCAUCAGAUUAAUUUUAGGGAGGAACAAUCCUCUUGGAACUGCUGCUGCACUUGUCCUUUUUUACUUUUCCUAACAUAUUAGUUGUUCUUUUUUCCUUUUUCUUAUAUGACUAUGUCCACAUACUCUUGCAACUUGCUUGAAGUGUUGUAAGACAACUUAAUGAAUCAUUUGUUCUAAAUUUUCCCACUUGGUAUGCUUUUCGGAAUAUAAUCAUAUAGGAGUUCGGCAUCCUUGCAAUACCUACAGUUGUUAGUCCCCCGCCAAAACUACAAACAGAGGCAACUACCCUGGAAACAUGUGGUGCCAGGGCUUUUAGCUUGUUGUCCAUUGCUGGAGUAUCUGGAUUUUG